AUGAAAUCCUGCAUAAGCCUAAAGCUAAGGCUUUCACCUGCUAAAAAGGCAUGGAAGAGCUUCACUUCUACUAUUGGUAAACUCCGUAAGUCAAAAUCGAAAGCCAUGAAGAAACCAAGAAAGCAGUCGAAACCUACCUCCAAGGCCCCUCCUAAGUUCAUUGUGACCAAACGUUUUCGCCACAAAAGGUUUGCCACAGUCAAAAGUUUGAUCUUGGGGUUCCACAAGAAGCCUGCACCUGUGUACAUUGAUAAGCUCUUUAGAGAGUCUUCAUGUGACUUGGUGGGGCAGUUGAAGCCACAGACAGCACACAAACCACGAAGGGAAAGGCUCUCUGGGGAAGAAGGAAGAAGAAAGGGUGGUAGAUCUUGUGCCUCAGAUGAUAUGUGGGAGUCACUGGCGUUGGCCUCACCUCAGAUGCAGGGAAUAGAUGAACGAGCAGAGGAGUUCAUCAAUAGAUUCAGACAAGAGAUGGCGGCGCAAGAGAUCAUAGCAAGAAAUAUGUAG